UCUACAUGUGCCUUUCUGAUAAUGUUCUUUUCCCUCUCAUUGUUCUAUCACCUUCCCCACAUCCUCUUCUCUCUCCUUGGAAACACACAACAUAUGCAUGAGCCUUGAGCUAUAUAUAGUCUCACUAAUAUUUUAGUUCGUUUCAUAAGUACUAAACUUGUGGGGUUAUACACACACACACACACACACACACAUAUAUAUAUAACGAAAUGGGCAAACCCAAAUUCUUGUUUCUCUUCAUAUCUCUUUGCUCCAUUCUUUUUUCUUCUGAUGCUUCCCCUCCACGUUCUCUGGUCACACAACUUCCUGGCUUUGAUGGCACUUUUCCAUCAAAACACUAUUCAGGAUACAUAAACAUAGAUGGAAAUCCCGCUGGGAAGAAUCUGUUCUAUUACUUUGUCGUUUCAGAGAGAAGCCCAGCAACUGAUCCAGUCGUUUUGUGGCUUAAUGGCGGACCCGGAUGCUCUAGCUUCGAUGGUUUUGUGUAUGAACAUGGACCGUUCAGUUUUGAAGAAGGAAAGCCGAAGGGAAGCCUGCCCAAGUUGCAUCUUAAUGCAUAUACUUGGACAAAGGUUUCGAAUAUCAUAUAUUUGGAUUCUCCUGUUGGUGUUGGCUUUUCUUACUCCAAAGACCCAACCAAAUACAAAACCGGAGACCAACAAACUUCUGCUGACACACAUACUUUCCUCCUCCAGUGGUUUGAGCAAUUCCCAGAGUUCAUUUCAAACCCAUUUUACAUCUCGGGAGAGUCAUUUGCUGGAAUUUAUGUGCCCACUCUUGCUUCUCAAGUUGCUAAAGGAAUUAAAAAUGGAGAAAAGCCAGUUAUCAAUUUUAAGGGUUACAUGGUGGGAAAUGCGGUCACGGACCCAAAAUUUGAUGGGGAUGCUCUUGUUCCUUUUGCCCACGGUAUGGCCCUCAUCUCAGAUGAUAUCUAUGAGGAAGCUCGAGCUGCUUGCAAAGGAAACUACUACAGUAACUCUGAAAAGGGUCAUUGCAACUCAAAACUUGUACGAGUAAGAGAGGCUCUCGUUGGAAUAAACAUAUACGACAUCCUGGAGCCAUGCUACCAUAGCCCAGAUGCUGAUAUACUGAACUCCAAAUCAGCAAACUCAAGCUUGCCAUUAAGCUUUCAACAGUUGGGAAUGACUAAAAAGCCUCUUCCCGUGAGGAAAAGGAUGUUCGGACGUGCUUGGCCUUUUGAGGCACCUGUUAGAGAUGGUCUUGUCCCUUUGUGGCCCCAACUUGCUGCUGGCUCUAGAAUACACGUUCCCUGCUUUGAUGAUAAUGUUGCAAGUACAUGGCUUAAUGACAAAGCAGUUAGGGAAGCAAUUCAUGCUGAGCCAGAAAGCGUAACUGGUCGUUGGGAUCUUUGCACAAGCAGAAUACAAUAUUAUCAUGAUGCUGGAAGUAUGAUCCCAUACCAUAGAAACCUCACAAUGCAAGGAUAUAGAGUCCUCGUUUUUAGUGGAGACCAUGACAUGUGUGUGCCAUUUACUGGGAGCCAAGCAUGGACGAGAUCACUUGGAUAUCAGAUAGUAGCUGAAUGGAGGCCUUGGAUCUCCAAUUCCCAAGUUGCAGGAUACGUGCAAGGAUAUGACCACAAUCUCACCUUUCUCACCGUCAAGGGAGCAGGGCACACGGUUCCUGAAUACAAGCCCGGGGAGGCUUUGGACUUCUAUAGCCGUUGGUUGGAAGAAAAACCAAUAUGACACAUUUGAAGAAGCUUCUUUUUUUUCCUCAGACCAAAAAAAAAAAAAAAGAAAAAAAGAAAAAAGGAGUGAAGAAGCUUUUUUUGUCCAUUUAUCUAUGUUUUGUUCAAUACCGUGUAUUUCCCAAUCCUUAUUUUCCCCAGAACUCCAUUUUAGUCAUAGGAAGGAAAUUUAAAGCAAUCAAUCCAAUAAAGAGCUUCAUUUUACAGCGGAGGCUAAAUCAAGAACCAUGAGCCUAGCUUGACUACAAACUUCAAGUUGUGGAUUUUCUUUGAUUCUGUCAAAGAAAAAAGACACCCUCUUUUCAUUACAUUGUAAAGCACUUGACAAGUUGACCCGAUUGAGCUGCCAAUGAAUAAUUUAUAACGAGCAAAUUGUGAUUCUACACAUUUACAUAUCUUUAUGUACACGA